AUGCAUCUGACCUUUAGCUCUCAUGACGUUACCAAUACCACCCUCACCUCCGACAAUGGCCAUGCCAUGUUCCGAGUCGACACCACGGGCAGUGCUCUUUCGGGUCGCACUACCACCAUACACAAAACAUACACAGACAAGGGCGGGGAGCUACGCAGUGAGGUAGUCGCCCAAAUAGAUUGGCAACUUCUCCAUGGCACCACGCUGCGCUUCAACGGUAAUACCGUCAACGCGGAGUCAUUCAUCCAGAACAGUGGUCUUCGAAGACGGGACUUUUCCUUCACCGGUCCUGAUGGAAAGGUAUACAAGUGGCACGCAGACCUCCGUUCCCUUCAGCUGGAUGCAUUUGAUGGGACCACCGUAGCCACCGGAAGUGGCGGGAAGCGUAGCCUCUUUGGCUCGCAUGAUGGGCACCUCACGAUAAACCAGGCGGCGUACUUUAUGAUCGACGCGAUCGUGAUGACGUUCGUCUAUGUCGAAGGCACGAUGGAGAGGCGUAAGAAGGCUGCUGUUGCUGCCGCCGCUUCUUGAUCAUCGCCUGGUAGAGCUGUAGAGAAGUUUUGCGAUAUGUCAAAACUGUAGGCACGACAUGUAAU